AUUGGCUGUGCUAUUCACAUACGUAAUUAGGAGCUGAUGCUCUAUCAGGCUUGCUCUUGCCCAGUGCUGCUCAGGAGGGAGGACUGGAGAGGCUUUGCUCCUAAGGAUAUUUACUAGAUGUUGCUGUGAGUGGGGGAGAGACAGAAGAAUACCCUCAAAAUGGAGGAAGAAGAAUAUGAGGAAGUUGUGGAGUAUUACAUUGAAGAGACAACUAUUGAAGAGGGUGAGCCAUAUGAGGUGGUCACUGAGAUCACUGAGACUGUUAGUACAGACUUCACAGGUCCUAAAACUACUACCUAUACUGUUGAACGUGAAAAAUCUGUUGAACAUGACAAAUCUGUUGAACAUGAAAAAUCUGUUGAAGAUGCAGCACCUCCAGUCAGAAAGAAGACAAUACGGACAAAAGUGGACCCAUCUAAGUUUUUGACACCUUACCUGCAACACAGUAAUAAAAUGAAGGACCUGUUCAGUGAAAACAAGUAUAAAGAAAAAUUCAGAAAAGAAAGAGGAAAGCCAUAUGCUUCCACAGUUGAUACUCCAGAAAUUCGGAGAAUAAAGAAAGUGCAAGACCAGCUCAGUGAGGUUAAAUACCGCAUGGCUGGUGAAGUUGCUAAAACUAUUUGCCAUGUUGAUGAAAAGGCCAUGGAUAUAGAACAUGCAAAGAAGGUGUCACAGCAAGUGAGCAAGGUAUUAUACAAACAGAACUGGGAGGAGAAUAAGGACAAGUACCUGCUUCCCCCUGAUGCUCCAGAACUUGUGAAUGCAAUAAAAAACACAGCAAUGUUCAGCAAGAAACUCUAUACUGAAGACUGGGAAGGAGACAAAACAUUAUUCUAUCCAUACAAUGACAGUCCAGAGCUCAGGAGGGUGGCUCAGGCUCAGAAGACUCUGAGUGAUAUUGUCUACAAAAAAGGGCAUGAUGAACGAAAAUCUAAAUAUACUCCUCUGCCAGAUCCACCUGAUGUUGAACAAGCCAAGAAAGUGACAAGGCAGCUGAGUGAUAUUAUUUACCAUGAGGACUAUAAAAACAAGAUCAAAGGCAAAUGGACUCAAACUCCAUGCUAUGAUGUUGCAAUUGCAAAAAUGAACGCAGAAAAUCUAAGCAUGAGAAAAUACCAAGAAGACUUUGAAAACAUGAAAGACCAAAUCUACUUUAUGCAGACUGAAACUCCAGAAUACGAAGCUAAUAAGCGAGUUUCAAACAACGUCAGUAAGGUAAAAUACAGAGCAGACUAUGAAAAGAACAAAGCUAUUGCAGAUUAUAACGUGCUUCCUGCUACAGAGAACCCAUUGCUGAAGCAAUUAAAAGCUGCAGGAAAUGCGCUGAGUGAUAAAUUAUACAAAGAAGCCUAUGAACAAUCAAAAGGAACCAGCAUUAAUUACUGUGACACACCAAAGUUCCAGACUGAUAGUGUUCUGAAGAAUUUUAGUGACGUAAAAUACAAAGAUGCAUAUCAAAAAAAUAUUUUAGGACACUAUGUGGGCAGCUUUGAGGACCCACAUCAGAUACACUGCAUGAAAGUUGAAGCUAUGAAGAGCGAUAAAAAUUACAAAGCAGAGUAUGAAGAGGAAAAGACAAGAUGCUACUUCCCUCAGACCAUAACUCAGGAGUAUGAAGCAAUUAAGAAGUUAGAGCAGUGUAAGGAUCACACCUACAAAAAGCAUCCUGAUCAAACCAAGUUUACUCAAGUGACUGACUCUCCAGUACAGAAGCAGGCAGAGAUCAAUAGCAAACAGCUGAGUGAUAUAAUAUAUAAAUCCAAAGGUGAAGAAAUUAUUCAUAAGUACCACCUCCCUCCAGAUGUGCCCCAGUUUAUACAGGCUAAAGUUAAUGCCUACAAUAUUAGUGAUAACUAUUACAAAAUGGGAUUGGAAGAAUUAAAAUCAAAGGGAUAUGAUCUAAAAAGUGAUGCUAUUCCUAUCCAAGCUGCCAAGGCUGCUAGGCAGGCUGUCAGUGAUGUUAACUAUAAAAAAGCCUAUGAACUUACCAAGGGUAAACUUGUUGGCUUCAGGAGCAUCCAAGAUGACCCCAAACUCGUUCAUUCUAUGAAGGUAGCCAAGAUGCAGUCUGAGCGAGAGUACAAGAAGGAUUAUGAGAAGACAAAAACUAAGUACAACAUUCCAUUGGAUAUGGUCAAUGUUGUUGGUGCCAAGAAGGCUCAAGAGAUUGCCAGCAACACUAAUUACAAGAACCUCUUCCACCAUUAUACUUACUUACCAGAUGCAAUGAAUGUGGAGCUUUCCAAGAAUAUGAUGGAGAUUCAGAGUGAUAAUGUGUACAAAGCUGAUUAUAAUAACUGGAUGAAAGGCAUUGGUUGGGUCCCCAUUGGAUCACUAGAAGUAGAAAAAGCUAAAAAAGCUGGAGAUGCCUUGAAUGAAAAGAAAUACCGCCAGCAUCCGGACACCAUUAAAUUUACAAGUGUGGUGGACUCUCCAGUAAUGGUCCAAGCCAAACAGAAUUCAGUUCAACUCAAUGAUAAACUAUAUAGAUCUUCUGGAGAGGAAGUUAAACAUAAAUAUACUCUAAGCCCGGAUAUUCCACAGUUUAUCCAAGCUAGAUACAAUGCAGCUAAUAUCAGUGAUGCUUAUUAUAAACAAGGCUACCAUGAUCUAAUAGCUAAAGGGAACAAGGUUUCUCUUGAUGCUAUUCCAAUUACUCUAGCCAAGGCUUCGAGAAACAUUGCUAGUGAUUAUAAAUAUAAAGAAUCAUAUGAGAAGGCUAAAGGAAAACAGGUUGGUUUCAGAAGCCUGCAAGAUGACCCUAAGCUUGUUCACUACAUGAAUGUAGCAAAGAUUCAGUCUGAACGCGAGUACAAGAAAGACUAUGAGAAGACCAAGACUAACUAUCAUGCAACUCCUGACAUGUACAGUAUCCAGGCGGCUAAACAGUCUCAGGACGUAGCUUCUAAUGCUCAUUACAAAAAACUGAUCCAUCACUACACUUACCUGCCAGAUGCCAUGGAUGUUGAGCUUGCGAAGAACAUGAUGCAAAUUCAGAGUGAUAAUGCGUACAAACAAGAUUAUAACAGCUGGUUCAAGGGUAUUGGCUGGAGUCCUCUUGGUUCUCUGGAUGUUGAAAAAGCUAAAAAGGCUGGGGAGGCAUUAAAUGAAAAGAAAUACCGUCAGCACCCAGACACCAUCAAAUUUACAAGUAUACCAGAUUCAAUGCCAAUGGUUUUAGCUCAGCACAACACGAAGCAGCUGAGUGAUGUAACAUACAAACAAGAAGGUGAAAAACUGAAACACAAAUAUACACUGGAUCCUGAUGUUCCUCAGUUUAUUCAAGCCAGAGUUAAUGCCUACAAUUUGAGUGAUGCUAACUACAAAGCAGACUGGAAAAAGACCAUAGCAAAAGGAUAUGAUCUGAAACCAGAUGCCAUUCCUAUCAUUGCUGCUAAGGCUUCUCGGAAUAUUGCAAGUGAUUACAAGUACAAGGAAUCAUAUGAGAAAGGUAAAGGCAAACAGGUUGGAUACCGUAGCCUGCAGGAUGAUCCUAAACUUGUUCAUUACAUGAAUGUGGCCAAAAUGCAAUCAGAUCGUGAAUAUAAAAAGGAUUAUGAAGUCACCAAGACCAAAUAUCAUACUCCAUUGGAUAUGUUCAGUGUGACGGCUGCCAAGAAAGCCCAGGAAGUGAUUACAAAUACUGGCUAUAAGCAGCCAAUUCACAAUUAUACACUCUUGCCUGAUUCUGUGAAUCUGGAGCUAUCAAGAAAUGUGAUGCAGAUUCAGAGUGAUAAUGUUUACAAAUCAGACUUUAAUAACUGGUUGAGAGGAGUUGGCUGGGUACCAAUUCAGUCACUGGAUGUAGAAAAGGCCAAAAAAGCUACAGAGAUUCUCAGUGAGAAGAAGUACCGCCAGCACCCAGACAAGCUGAAGUACUCCAUUACAAUGGAUGCCAUGGAGCAAGUGCUAGCUAAGCAAAAUGCCAAGACCAUGAAUAAGAGACUCUACACUGAUAAAUGGAAUCAAGAGAAGACCAGCAUUCAUGUUAUGCCAGAUACUCCAGAAAUUCUGCAGUCUAGGGUGAACCAGAUCACAAUGAGUAAUAAACUUUACAAAGCUGGGUGGGAGGAAGACAAGAAGAAAGGUUAUGACUUGCAGCCAGAUGCCAUUCCAAUAAAAGCAGCCAAAGCCUCCAGAGACAUUGCAAGUGAUUAUAAAUACAAACUAGCCUAUGAAAAAGCAAAAGGAAAGCAUAUUGGAUUCCGCAGCCUUGAAGACGACCCCAAGUUGGUGCACUUCAUGCAGGUCGCUAAGAUGCAGUCUGAUCGUGAAUACAAAAAAGACUAUGAGAAAGCAAAGACUAAUUUCCAUACUCCAGUUGACAUGUUCAGUGUUGUGGCAGCCAAAAAAGCACAGGAAGUGGCUACAAAUGUAAACUACAAAAACUUGAUUCAUACCUACAGUGUUCUGCCUGAUGCUAUGAGUCUUGAAUUAGCCAAAACCAUGAUGCAGAUACAGAGUGAUAACCAAUACCGAGCAGAAUAUGAUGAAAGUAUGAAGGGUGUUGGAUGGGUACCACUGGGCUCCCUGGAAGCUGAAAAGAAUAAGAAAGCAAUGGAAAUUCUUAGUGAAAAGAAGUAUCGCCAGCAUCCAGACAAGCUGAAGUAUUCUGUUCCUCUAGAUUCCAUGAACAUGGCCUUAGCUUUAAAUAAUGCUAAAAUUAUGAAUGAGCACAAGUACAAACAAGCAUGGGAAGAAGACAAAAGGAAAGUUCACAUCACACCAGAUGUUCCACAGAUUGCUUUGGCAAAAGUUAAUGCAUUUAAUCUAAGUGAUAAAAUGUACAGACUUUCUUUUGAAGAAUCUAGGAAAAAAGGAUAUGACCUUAGAGCUGAUGCUAUCCCUAUUAAAGCUGCCAAAGCUUCUAGGGAUAUUGCUAGUGAUUACAAAUACAAAUUAGGUUAUGAGCAAGACAAGGGAAAACUUGUAGGCUUCCGCAGCCUUCAGGACGAUCCCAAACUUGUCCAUUACAUGCAAGUAGCUAAGAUGCAGUCGGAUCGCGAGUACAAGAAAGGUUAUGAGGCGAGCAAGACACAUUACCAUACGCCUUCUGAUACGCUCAGCAUUGUAGCAGCUAAGGAGGCACAAGAUCGCAUAACCAAUACUAACUACAAACGACUGAUUCACAAAUAUAUGCUGCUACCAGAUGCAAUGAGUUUAGAACUGUACAGAAACAUGAAUCAGAUACAAAGUGAUAACGAGUACAAGCAGGAAUAUAAUGAGUACUUCAAGGGUAUUGGUUGGAGUCCUGCUGGCUCCCUCGAUGUGGAGAAAUCUAAGAAAGCCAUGGAAAUUGCAAGUGAUCAGAAAUACCGCCAGCAUCCCAGCAUGUUCCACUUUACAAAACAGAACGAUUCCAUGGACAUGGUCCUUGCAAAGCAGAAUGCAAAUAUAAUGAACAAACAUGCUUAUACUGAAGCGUGGGAGAAGGAUAAAAUUCAGGUUCAUGUGAUGCCAGAUACGCCAGAUAUUCUACAGGCAAAACAGAACAAAGCGAACUACAGUCAGAAACUCUACAGGCUUGGCUGGGAGCAGAUGAUAAAGAAAGGCUAUGACCUCACACCUGAAGCCAUUUCAGUGAAAACUGCCAAAGCUUCAAGGGACAUUGCAAGUGAUUACAAGUACAAAGAAGGUUACCGCAAGCAGCAGGGACAUCACAUUGGAUUCCGCAGCUUACAGGAUGAUCCUAAGAUGCUGUGGUCUAUGCAAGUUGCUAAGAUGCAGAGUGAGAGGGAAUACAAGAAAGAUUUUGAAAAGUGGAAGACAAAGUUUAAUAUGCCCGUGGAUAUGCUCGGCUUCCUUCUGGCUAAGAAAUGUCAGGAAUUGGUUAGUGAUGUAGACUACAAAAGAGUGCUACACCGCUGGACUUGUCUGCCAGACCAGAUUGAUGUCGAGCAGGCAAAGAGGGUCUAUGAACUACAGAGUGAUAAUGUGUACAAGUCUGACCUUACAUGGCUGAGGGGCAUUGGCUGGUCCCCGAUUGGUUCGCUGGACGAGGAGAAGAAUAAGAGGGCGAGCCUCAUCCUGAGUGACAAGAAGUAUCGGCAACACCCAGACACCAUCAAAUUCACGAGUCUUCCCGACUCAAUGCCCAUGGUUCUGGCAAAGCACAACUCUGAAAUCAUGAACCAGCGUGCGUACACGUCAGCCUGGGAGAAAGAUAAAACCAGCAUUCACAUUAUGCCGGAUACACCUGGUAUUUUGCUGGCCCAGCAGAACAAAGUGAACUACAGUGAGAAACUGUACCGACUUGCGAUGGAGGAAGAUAAGAAAAAGGGCUAUGACAUGCGGGCAGAUGCCAUUCCUAUCACAUCUGCUAAAGCUUCCAGAGACAUUGCAAGUGAUUACAAGUACAAGGAAGGCUAUCGCAAGCAGCUUGGCCACCAUAUUGGAGCCCGUAACAUAGAGGAUGAUCCAAAGAUGAUGUGGUCGAUGCACGUAGCCAAGAUCCAGAGCGACAGGGAGUACAAGAAAGCCUUUGAGAAGACAAAGACACACUUCAGUAGCCCAGUGGAUAUGCUGGGAAUCGUAUUGGCCAAGAAAUGUCAGGAGCUGGUCAGUGAUGUUGAUUACAAGCACCCUCUGCAUCGGUGGACCUGUCUGCCGGACCAGAAUGACGUUGUGCAAGCCAGGAAAGUGUACGACCUCCAGAGUGAUAAUGUGUACAAGUCUGACCUUACAUGGCUGAGGGGCAUUGGCUGGUCCCCGAUUGGUUCGCUGGACGAGGAGAAGAAUAAGAGGGCGAGCCUCAUCCUGAGUGACAAGAAGUAUCGGCAACACCCAGACACCAUCAAAUUCACGAGCCUUCCCGACUCAAUGCCCAUGGUUCUGGCAAAGCACAACUCUGAAAUCAUGAACCAGCGUGCGUACACGUCAGCCUGGGAGAAAGAUAAAACCAGCAUUCACAUUAUGCCGGAUACACCUGGUAUUUUGCUGGCCCAGCAGAACAAAGUGAACUACAGUGAGAAACUGUACCGACUUGCGAUGGAGGAAGAUAAGAAAAAGGGCUAUGACAUGCGGGCAGAUGCCAUUCCUAUCACAUCUGCUAAAGCUUCCAGAGACAUUGCAAGUGAUUACAAGUACAAGGAAGGCUAUCGCAAGCAGCUUGGCCACCAUAUUGGAGCCCGUAACAUAGAGGAUGAUCCAAAGAUGAUGUGGUCGAUGCACGUAGCCAAGAUCCAGAGCGACAGGGAGUACAAGAAAGCCUUUGAGAAGACAAAGACACACUUCAGUAGCCCAGUGGAUAUGCUGGGAAUCGUGUUGGCCAAGAAAUGUCAGGAGCUGGUCAGUGAUGUUGAUUACAAGCACCCUCUGCAUCGGUGGACCUGUCUGCCGGACCAGAAUGACGUUGUGCAAGCCAGGAAAGUGUACGACCUCCAGAGUGAUAAUGUGUACAAGUCUGACCUUACAUGGCUGAGGGGCAUUGGCUGGUCCCCGAUUGGUUCGCUGGACGAGGAGAAGAAUAAGAGGGCGAGCCUCAUCCUGAGUGACAAGAAGUAUCGGCAACACCCAGACACCAUCAAAUUCACGAGUCUUCCCGACUCAAUGCCCAUGGUUCUGGCAAAGCACAACUCUGAAAUCAUGAACCAGCGUGCGUACACGUCAGCCUGGGAGAAAGAUAAAACCAGCAUUCACAUUAUGCCGGAUACACCUGGUAUUUUGCUGGCCCAGCAGAACAAAGUGAACUACAGUGAGAAACUGUACCGACUUGCGAUGGAGGAAGAUAAGAAAAAGGGCUAUGACAUGCGGGCAGAUGCCAUUCCUAUCACAUCUGCUAAAGCUUCCAGAGACAUUGCAAGUGAUUACAAGUACAAGGAAGGCUAUCGGAAGCAGCUUGGCCACCAUAUUGGAGCCCGUAACAUAGAGGAUGAUCCAAAGAUGAUGUGGUCGAUGCACGUAGCCAAGAUCCAGAGUGACAGGGAGUACAAGAAAGCCUUUGAGAAGACAAAGACACACUUCAGUAGCCCAGUGGACAUGCUGGGAAUCGUGUUGGCCAAGAAAUGUCAGGGGCUGGUCAGUGACAUUGAUUACCGCCACUAUCUGCAUCAGUGGAUCUGUCUACCAGACCAGAAUGAUGUUAUCCAUGCUAGGCAAGCCUAUGAUCUACAGAGUGAUAACUGCUACAAGUCUGACCUUCAGUGGUUACGAGGCAUUGGUUGGGUCCCAAUUGGUUCCCUGGAAGUUGAAAAAGCCAAAAAGGCAGGAGAGAUCCUGAGUGAUAAAGUAUACCGUCAGCCUCCAGACACAAUUAAGUUUACGAGCAUCCCUGAUUCUGUACCAAUGGUCUUAGCCAAGCAGAAUGCAGAGACAAUGAAUAAGCGUUUAUAUACUGAGGCCUGGGAUAAAGACAAGAUACAAAUCCAUGUAAUGCCUGACACACCUGAAAUCAUACUGGCAAAACAGAACAUGCAAAACUACAGUGUGAAACUCUACAAGCAGGCCAUGGAAGAAGACAAAAAGAAAGGCUACGACUUGAGAAGUGAUGCUAUCCCCAUCCAAGCUGCCAAAGCAUCCAGGCAAAUUGCCAGUGAUUACAAGUACAAGGAAGGCUAUCGCAAGCAGCUUGGCCACCAUAUUGGAGCCCGUAACAUAGAGGAUGAUCCAAAGAUGGUGUGGUCAAUGCACGUAGCCAAGAUCCAGAGUGACAGGGAGUACAAGAAAGCCUUUGAGAAGACAAAGACACACUUCAGUAGCCCAGUGGACAUGCUGGGAAUUGUGUUAGCCAAGAAAUGCCAGGGGCUGGUCAGUGACAUUGAUUACCGCCACUAUCUGCAUCAGUGGAUCUGUCUACCAGACCAGAAUGAUGUUAUCCAUGCUAGGCAAGCCUAUGAUCUGCAGAGUGAUAACUGCUACAAGUCUGACCUUCAGUGGUUACGAGGCAUUGGUUGGGUCCCAAUUGGUUCUCCAGAAGUUGAGAAAGCCAAAAAGGCGGCAGAGAUCCUGAGUGAUAAAGUAUACCGUCAGCCGCCGGACACAAUUAAGUUUACGAGCAUCCCUGAUUCUGUACCAAUGGUCUUAGCCAAGCAGAAUGCAGAGACAUUGAAUAAGCAUUUGUACACUGAAGCAUGGAAUAAAGAUAAGACUAUGAUUCACGUCAUGCCUGACACACCAGAAAUCCUGCUAGCUAAACAAAACCAGAUAAACUACAGUCAGAAAAUGUACAGACUAGCUUUAGAGGAGUCGAAGAAGAAGGGUCAUGAUUUGCGUUUUGAUGCCAUUCCUAUUCAAUCUGCCAAAGCAUCCAGAGAGAUUGCCAGUGACUACAAGUACAAGGAAGGCUAUCGCAAGCAGCUUGGCCACCAUAUUGGAGCCCGUAACAUAGAGGAUGAUCCAAAGAUGAUGUGGUCGAUGCACGUAGCCAAGAUCCAGAGUGACAGGGAGUACAAGAAAGCCUUUGAGAAGACAAAGACACACUUCAGUAGCCCAGUGGACAUGCUGGGAAUUGUGUUAGCCAAGAAAUGCCAGGGGCUGGUCAGUGACAUUGAUUACCGCCACUAUCUGCAUCAGUGGAUCUGUCUACCAGAUCAGAAUGAUGUUAUCCAUGCUAAGAAAGCCUAUGAUCUACAGAGUGAUGCGGUUUACAAAUCAGACCUGGAAUGGCUAAGAGGUAUUGGAUGGGUUCCUAUUGGUUCCAUGGAAGUUGAAAAGGCCAAGAAAGCUGGAGAAAUCCUGAGUGAAAGGAAGUAUCGUCAGCCAGCAGACCAAAUUAAAUUUACUAGUGUGACAGAUUCUCUGGCCAUGGUCUUAGCCAAGCAAAACGCUGAGAUAAUGAACAAGCGUUUAUACACAGAAGCUUGGGAUGCAGACAAAACUUCAAUUCAUGUGAUGCCUGACACACCAUCAAUUUUGCUAGCGAAGGCCAAUGCAGCUAAUGUUAGCCAUAAACUUUAUAUACAAGCCUGGGAAGAUGCCAAAAAGAAGGGUUAUGACAUGAGAGCUGAUGCAAUUCCAUUCCGAAGUGCAAAGGCCUCAAGAGAUAUCGCGAGUGACUACAAGUACAAAGAAACAUACGAGAAGCAGAAAGGCCACUACAUUGGGUGCAAAACUGCCCAGGAGGAUCCCAAACUGUCGUGGGCUGCGCGUGCUAUGCAGCUGCAGAAUGACCGAAUUUACAGGAAGGCGUACCAUGAUUCAAAGUCCCAGGUCCACAUACCAGUCGAUGCAAUGUCAGUGCAGGCAGCCAAGGAUUGCCAGACGCUAGUCAGUGAUAUUGACUAUCGUCAGUACCUUCACCAGUGGACGUGUCUGCCUGACCAGAAUGAUGUGAUCCAUGCCAGGAAGGCUUAUGAUCUACAGAGCGAUAAUGUAUACAAGUCAGAUCUGGAAUGGCUGCGGGGCAUUGGCUGGUUGACAGAAGGUUCUGUGGAUGUGGUGAAAGCAAAGAAAGCCCAGGAACUCCUGAAUGAGAGGUUAUACCGCACACGUCCGGAUGAGAUGAAAUUCACCAGCAUUACUGACUCACCAGACAUUGUCCAGGCUAAGAUCAAUGCUUUGCAGAUCAGUGACCGUCUGUAUCGUGAAAACUGGGAUAGAGAUAAAACGCAGGUUUCCAUACCUUCUGAUACUCCUGUAAUGCUGCAGUCCAAAGUCAACGCUCUCAACAUCAGCAAUAAACAUUACCAGAAGGCCUGGGAUGAGGCCAAGGCAAAAAGUUAUGACCUGAGAGCUGAUGCCAUUCCCAUCAAACACGCCAAGGCUUCCAGAGACAUUGCUAGUGAGUACAAGUACAAAGAAACACAUGAGAAGCAGAAAGGCCACUACAUUGGGUGCAAAACUGCCCAGGAGGAUCCCAAACUGUCAUGGGCUGCGCGUGCUAUGCAGCUGCAGAAUGACCGAAUUUACAGGAAGGCGUACCAUGAUUCAAAGUCCCAGGUCCACAUACCAGUCGAUGCAAUGUCAGUGCAGGCAGCCAAGGAUUGCCAGACGCUAGUCAGUGAUAUUGACUAUCGUCAGUACCUUCACCAGUGGACGUGUCUGCCUGACCAGAAUGAUGUUAUCCAUGCCAGGAAGGCUUAUGAUCUACAGAGCGAUGCUGUCUAUAAGUCAGACCUGGAGUGGCUCCGUGGAAUUGGCUGGUUGCCUAAUGACUCUCCAGUUGUUAAGAGAGUGAAGCAUGCCCAGGAUCUUCUGAGUGAUAAUGUCUAUCGUACACCUAUUGAAAGCCUGAAAUAUACCAGUGUUGUUGAUUCUCCAGAUGUUCUUCUCGCUAAAGCAAAUGCCGAACAAGUCAGCAUUCCAAAAUACAAAGAAGCCUGGGAAAAGGACAAGACUAUGAUCCAUAUUAUGGCAGACACACCUGAAAUCAACCUAGCCAAGACUAAUGCUGUUAAUUAUAGUAAGAAACUGUAUAAAGAAGCUUGGGAUGAGGUGAAGACAAAUUAUGAUUUGAGAGCAGAUGCAAUCCCAAUCAAGGCAGCCAAAGCUUCUAGAGAAAUUGCUAGUGAUUAUAAAUACAAACUGGAUCAUGAGAAGCAGAAAGGACAUUAUGUUGGAGUUCCAAAUGCAGAAGCAGAUUCGAAAAUGCAGUUUGCCCUUGGCAUAGGCAAAGUUCAGAGUGAACUGGAAUACAAGAGACACUUUGCCAAAUGGAAGACACAGUGCCACCUACCAGUAGACAUGCUAUCUAUUGUAUCAGCUAAACAGGGUCAGUCUUUGGUCAGUGAUGUUGAUUACCGUCAAUACUUGCAUCAGUGGAUCUGUCUUCCAGAUCAAAAUGACGUCGUACAGGCUAGGAAGGCCUAUGAUCUUCAGAGUGAUGCUGUUUACAAAUCUGAUUUAGAAUGGCUACGGGGAAUUGGGUGGUUGCCAAAUGAUUCACUUGGAAUCAACCAUGUCAAAUAUGCUGGAGAUCUCUUGAAUGAGAAAAAGUACCGUACGAAACCUGAAACUCUUUCCUUUACUCCAGUGGCGGACCGAGUUGAUUAUAUCACAGCAAAGAAUAGUGGUGAAAUUCGUAGUGACAUUAAAUACCACAAAGCAUGGAAUGAGGUCAAGUCAAAUUAUACUCUAACAGAUACACCACAACUAGAUAUGGCCCGAGAAGCAGCCAGAAUUCUUAAUCAGAAUUUAUACAAGGAAAACUGGGAGAAAGAAAAAGCCACUGGUUACCUCUUACCUCCGGACACUGUGCAAAUCUGUCAUGCCAAACACUCAAAUGAUGUCCAAAGUGAGCUUAAAUACAAAGCUGAAUAUGUCAAACAAAAAGGUCACUAUGUGGGAGUUGCCAGCAUGAGAGAUGAUCCGAAACUGGUGUGGUUUGAGCAUGCGGGCGAGAUCCAGAAUGACAGACUGUACAAAUCAGAAUAUCACAAGACAAAAUCCAAAAUUCACCUCCCUCCGGAUAUGGUUUCAGUUGUAGCAGCAAAGGAAUGUCAGACCUUGGUCAGCGAUAUUGACUACCGCCAGUACCUGCAUGAAUGGACAUGCCAUCCUGACCAGAAUGACUGUAUUCAGGCAAGGAAGGCCUAUGAUCUCCAAAGUGAUAAUAUUUAUAAGUCUGAUUUGGAAUGGCUUCGUGGCUGUGGUUGGAUUCCUCUGGAUUCGGUGGAGCACAAGAAAGUUAAGAAUGCACAAGAACUGAUAAAUAAGAGAGCAUAUACAAAAGAAGCCCUUGAUAACUUUUCCAAUUAUACCAGUGUGGUUGACACUCCCGACAUUGUUUUGGCGAAGAUGAACUCCGUCAAUCAGAGUGAUAUAAAAUACAAAGAAACGUUUAACCUUGAGAAAGGCCAGUAUAUUGGGUCUGAUGAUACUCCUGUGCUGAACCAUGCCAAAGACAUGUCCUUGCUGUACAGUGAUAAACGUUAUAAAAAUGCUUGGGAGAUUAGCAAGCCCAUUGGUUAUUCUUUGGAUGAGAAAUAUAUUCCACUUGUUGGAGCAAAGCAUGCAAACUACAUAAAUAGUGAGCUUAAAUAUAAGGAAAUACAUGAGAAGCUGAAAGGCCAUUACCUGGCUGGGAAGGAGAUUGAGGAUUUCCCCAGUGUCAUUCAUUCACUAGCAUUCCAGAAAAUGAGGAGCGCGUUGGCCUACAGAAAGAAUUAUGAAGACACCAAAACAAAUGUCCAUAUUCCAAGUGACAUGAUGAAUCAUGUGCUAGCUAAGAAGUGCCAGUAUAUCCUCAGUGAUCUCGAAUACAAAACUUACUUCCAUCAGUGGAAUUGUUCACCUGAAGAAAAUGAUGUUAUUCAAGCCAAAAGAGCCCAGGAAAUUUUGAGUGAUGUGGUGUAUAAAGAUGACUUAAACUGGCUGAAGGGACUUGGGUGUUAUGUCUGGGAUACUCCACAAAUCCUGCAGGCUAAAAAAUCAUAUGACCUCCAGAGCCAAAUAAAAUACACAGCUGCAGGAAAAGAGAAUUUUCAGAACUUUGGAGUUGUUACUGACACACCUCUCUAUGUGACUGCAGUGCAGAGUGCUAUAAAUGCCAGUGAUGUGAAAUACAAAGAAGAUUUCCACAAGACUAAGGACAAGUAUACAACUGUGACUGAAACAGUAGAUUCUGAAAGAGUUAAUAAUUUGAAAAAUCUCUUUAGCAAUAAUCUCUACAAGAAAGCUUGGGAAAUAGUGAAAGCAACUAGCUAUGCAAUGCCCUCUGAUGCUGUAUCCCUAGCACGUGCAAAAGAACUGAAGCAUAAUGCUAGUAUUGUAAAAUACCGGGAAGAAUAUGACAAGUUUAAAGCACUGUACACGUUACCCAGGGGUGUUGAGGAUGAUCCCAAUACAGCAAGGUGCCUUAGAGUUGGAAAGCUUAAUAUUGAUCGUCUGUACAAGGAAGUCUAUGAAAAGACUAAAGCCAAAAUCCACAUUAUUCCAGACAUGGUAGACAUAAUUUCUGCUAAGGAUGCACAGAAGAAAAUCAGUGAAGUCGAUUACCGCACACAUCUCCACGACUGGAUCUGUCUACCAGAUCUUCAAAUCAAUUCCCAUGUUCGGAGAGUAACAGAUCAAGUCAGUGAUGUGAUAUACAAGGAUGAUCUUAACUGGCUGAAGGGUAUUGGCUGCUUUGUUUGGGAUACUCCGGAAAUUCUCCAUGCCAAACAUGCCUAUGAUCUUCGCAGUGAUAUUAAGUACAAAUCUAAGGCAGAAAAGAUGAAGAAUGACUACACUGUGAUCACAGACACUCCUGUCUAUGUCCAGAAUGUUCUCAGUGGCUUGAAUUUAAGUGAAGCUGUUUAUCGUAGUGAAUAUCUGCACAACGUUAAAGGCAAAAUGAUUCCCACUGAUAAAACAGUAGAUUUGGAGCGGGCGUAUCAUGCAAACAAAAUACAGAGUGAAAAUUUGUAUCGCUGGGCUGGUGUGAAUGCUCUGCCCACUGGAUACAGCCUUCCCACAGACACCCCCAGCUUUCAGCAUGCUAAACAUGUCCAAUACAUUGGAAGUGAUUUGAAAUAUAAAGAAGCCUAUGAACACAUGAAAGCUAAAGGCUAUACUCUGGGUCCUAAAGAUGUUGGGUUUGAAAAUGUGAAGAAAGUGAAUCAAGUAAUUAAUGAGAGGUUGUAUCGGGCAACAUACCACAAGUACAAGGAUAAGAUUCAUACCACUCCAGACACGCCAGAAAUCCGUCAAGUCAGAGCAACACAGGAAGCUGUCAGUGAUCUGAUCUACAAGUCAGAUUUCUUUAAGAUGCAGGGACACUUGAUUUCCUUGCCAUACACUCCUCAGGUGUUGCACUGCCGCUACGUUGGGGACAUCACAAGUGAUAAUAAAUACAAAGAAGAUCUGAAGUGGUUGAAGGGCUUGGGCUGCUUCCUGUAUGAUACUCCUGAUAUGGUCCGUGCUCGUCAGCUGCGUAAGCUUUGGUCCAAUUAUAUAUACACUGAUACUGCAAAGAAGAUGUGGGCUAAAUGCAACUUAGUAUUGGAUACUCCUGGAUACAGAGCUGUUCAGGAACUAAAAACUCAUUUGAGUGAACUUGUUUAUAGAGCUGCAGGCAAGGAGCUGAAGACAAAAUACACUUCCAUCCUUGAUACACCUGACUUCUUGAGAGCCAAGCAAGGACAGAAAAUACAGAGCCAGUACUUGUAUGUGGAACUUGCCACAAAAGAGAGACCCCAUCAUCAUGCUGAUGGUCAGACACCAGCCUUUACGCAUGCUAGGAAUAUAAAGGACAUGGUCAGUGAGAAAAAGUAUAAAACCCAGUAUGAGAAGAUGAAGGACAAAUACACGCCUGUUCCUGACACACCAGUCUUGAUCAGAGCCAAGAGAGCAUACCUGAAUGCCAGUGAUUUGCGAUACAAAGAAACCUUUGAGAAUACUAAGGGCAAAUACCACACAGUGAAAGAUGCUUUGAAUAUAGUCUAUCAUCGAAAGGUCACCGAUGAUAUUAGCAGCGUGAAAUAUAAGGAAAAUUACAUGAGCCAGUUAGGAAUUUGGAGAUCGAUCCCAGACCGACCAGAGCACUUCCAUCAUCGCAUAGUCACGGAUGCUAUUAGUGAUGUUAAGUACAAGGAAGACUUAUCAUGGCUCAGAGGCAUUGGCUGUUAUGCAUGGGAUACUCCAAGUUUUGCUCUGGCAGAGCAGAAUAAGGUGCUCUACAGUGGGUGUAAGUACAAGGAGAUGUUUGAGAAGACUAAGUCUCAUUUUAAGUAUGUAGCUGAUUCUCCAAUUAAUGAGCAUUUUAAAUAUGCAACUCAGUUGAGGGAUAUGAUGUUAUAUAAAGCUGCCUAUGAGAAGCUCAAGGAUAAGUACAGUGUUAUUGUGGAUGAUCCUAAGAACCUCCUGGCCAAGUGGGCGACUACAUUGAGCAGUCAGGUUCAAUACAAAAAGGACUAUGAAAAGAAGAAAGACAAGUACACUAUCGUUGUAGAUACUCCAGAACACUUAAGGACUACAAAAGUCAACAAACAGAUUAGUGAUAUUAUCUAUAAAUUGGAAUACAACAAAGCGAAGCCAAGAGGCUAUACUACAAUCCAUGAUACACCUAUGUUACUGCAUGUGCGCAAGGUGAAGGACAGAAUAAGUGAUCUGAAAUACAAAGAAAUGUAUGAGAGGAAUAAAUCUCACUGCAAUGUCGUAGCAGAUUCAGUUCAUAUUAAGACUCCCAGGCAUGCUUACAAGCUAAACAGCAAUCUGGAUUAUAAAAAGAAAUAUGAAGCAGCCAAGGCUCAUUGGCACUGGAUUGCUGAUAGGCCUGACUUUGUUCAAGCAGCCAAGUCGUCUCUGCAACAGAGUGAUUAUGAGUACAAACUGGACCGGGAAAUCCUAAAGGGUUGUAAACUCUCCGUCACAGAUGAUAAAAACACAGUAUUGGCCUUAAAUAAUGCCAUCUUGGCGAGUGAUAUAAAAUACAAAGAGAAGCACAACAAAGCUCGAGGGUCAUACCUUGUGGUUCCAGAUACACCUCAGAUCCUCCUGGCUAAGAAUGUCAGCUCUCUUGUAUCUGAGAACAAAUACAAAGAACACAGCAAGAAGCAACUUCCACAUGGGUCUUACACAACCCUGCCAGAGACACGAGACACUGCUCAUGUGAAAGAGGUGACCAAGAAUGUCAGUGAGACAAACUAUAAAAAGAAGUUUGUGAAGGAGAAAGGCAAAUCUAAUUAUUCUGUCAUGCUGGAGCCUCCUGAAGUGAAACAUGCCAUGGAAGUUGCUAAAAAACAGAGUACAAUUGAAUACAAGAAAGAUGCCAAGUCAAAGCUCCACUAUACACCUAUUGCAGAUCGACCAGAUAUUAAGAAAGCAACUCAGGCUGCCAAGUUAAUUAGUGAUAUUGAAUAUAAAAAGCGUGGAGAAGCUGGCAUUGGUGUAAGCAUGCUAGGACGUCCAGAUAUUGAACUGGCAAAGGAGGUGUCCAAGCUAACUAGCCAGGCAGAAUACCUCAAACGACAUAUGAGAGGGCAUGGAGCUGCAUCUUAUGAUACCCCAUGGAUGAGAACCUUUAAGAAAGCUAAUAUGCUAAGUAGUCAUGUGAAAUACAAGGAGAAUUUUUCCAAAGAGAUGGGUAAAAAGCCAAAGUAUGAUUUAAAGGAGGCUAAAAUCUACAAGACCAUGAAAGAUGCUCACAACUUGGCUAGUGAGGUGAAAUACAAGGCAGAUUUAAAGAAACUUCAUAAGCCUGUCACUGACAUGUCUGAAUCGCUGAUCAUGAACCAUGUCCUGAGUACAAGCCAGCUCGCCAGUGCUUACCAGUACAAGAAGCAAUAUGAGAAGAGUAAGGGUCACUACCUUGUGGUGCCAGAUAAUCUUGAACAGGUUCAUCUAAGGGAGGCAUCAGAACUACAGAGCCACGUGAAAUACAGAGAAAAGUAUGAGAAGGAAAAAGGAAAACCUAUGUUGGACUUUGAAACACCAACAUACCUUACUGCAAAGGAAUCUCAGCUCAUGCAGAGUGAGAAAGAAUAUAAGAAGGACUUUGAAGAGAACAUUAAGGGCAGAAACCUUACUGGCUUGGAGGUUACACCAUCCUUAUUACACGUCAAAUACGCAACCAAAAUAGCAAGCGAGAAAGAGUACAGGAAGGAUCUGGAGGAAGGUGUCAAAGGCAAAGGACUAACCUCUUUAGAAGAGACUCCAGACAUGCUAAGAGCAAAGAAUGCAACUCAAAUCCUGAACGAGAAAGAGUACAAAAAAGCUUUGGAAUUAGAAAUCAGAGGGAAAGGUCUGACAGAACUGGCUUUGGAGACACCAGAUUUUGUGAGAGCAAAGAAUGCCACUGACAUUGCCAGCCAGAUCAAGUACAAACAGUUGGCAGAAAUGGAGAAAGCCAACUACACCAGUGUUGUCGAUACUCCGGAGAUUAUUCAUGCCCAGCAGGUCAAGAACCUUUCAAGCCAGAAAAAGUAUAAAGAAGAUGCAGAAAAGAGCAUGCCUUACUAUGUGCCUGUAGCAGACACACCAGAAAUACAGAGAGUCCGUGAGAAUCAGAAGAACUUCAGCACACUUCAGUACCAGUGGGACCUACAGAACAGUAAAGGAAAAGUUACAGUUGUACAAGACACACCAGAAAUGCUGCGUGUGAAAGAAAACCAGAAGAAUUUCAGCUCGAUUUUAUAUAAAGAAGAUAUUGGAACUGGAACUACUAUUGAAAAGACACCAGAGAUGCAGAGAGUUAAACGAACCCAGGAUGCAAUCAGCUCGGUUAAAUACAAGGAGAGUAUUGGGAAAGGAACUCCAAUUCCUGAUCUUCCAGAAGUGAAGCGUGUCAAGGAGACACAGAAGCACAUCAGUUCGGUGUUGUACAAAGAGGACCUAGGGACAGGUAUCCCAACACCUGUCACUCCAGAAAUAGAGAGAGUCAAACGCAAUCAAGAACACAUUAGCUCGGUGUUAUACAAAGAGGGCUUAGGGACUGGCAUCCCAACAUCGGUUACUCCAGAGAUGGAGAGAGUCAAACGUAAUCAAGAGAACAUUAGCUCGGUGUUGUACAAAGAGGAUCUGGGGACAGGAACCCCAACACCUGUCACUCCUGAGAUUGAAAGAGUCAAACGCAAUCAAGAACACAUUAGCUCGGUGUUGUACAAAGAGGAUCUUGGGACAGGAACCCCAAUACCUGUCACUCCUGAGCUUGAGAGAGUCAAACGCAAUCAAGAACACAUUAGCUCGGUGUUGUACAAAGAGAGCGUGGGGACUGGGACCCCCACUCCUAUCACUCCAGAGAUGGAGAGGGUCAAACGCAAUCAAGAAAUCUGUAGCUCGGUGUUGUAUAAAGAGAACAUAGGGAAAGCAACCCCAACACCUGUCACUCCCGAGAUGGAAAGAGUUAAACGCAAUCAAGAAAUCAUUAGCUCGGUUUUGUACAAAGAAAAUGUGGGGAAAGUGACCCCAACACCAAUCACUCCAGAGAUGGAGAGAGUGAAACGGAACCAAGAAAUCAUUAGCUCGGUGUUGUACAAAGAAAACCUGGGGAGAGCAACCCCCACCCCUCUGACUCCAGAGAUGGAGAGAGUCAAACGCAAUCAAGAACACAUUAGCUCGGUUGUAUACAAAGAAGGCUUAGGGAAGGCAACCCCCACUCCGGUUACUCCAGAGAUGGAGAGAGUCAAACGCAAUCAAGAACAGAUUAGCUCGGUUUUGUACAAGGAACAUCUGGCAAAAGGAACUCCAACACCGAUGACUCCAGAGAUGGAGAGAGCUAAACGCAAUCAGGAAAACAUCAGCUCGGUUCUUUAUUCAGACAGUUUCCGAAAACAAGUACAAGGCAAAGCUGCAUAUGUACUGGAUACACCUGAGAUGCGGCGGGUGCGAGAGACCCAGAAAAACAUCUCUACAGUGAAAUACCAUGAAGAGUUUGAGAAAAGCAAAGGUAGUUUCACACCUGUAGUUACUGACCCCAUUACAGAACGCGUGAAGAAGAACAUGCAGGACUUCAGUGACAUUAGCUACAGGGGCAUCCAACGGCGAGUAGUGGAAAUGGAGCGAAAGCGCGUGGACCAGGAUCAAGAGACUCUCACAGGUCUUCGUGUGUGGCGCACUAAUCCCGGGUCAGUCUUUGACUAUGACCCAGCAGAAGACAAUAUUCAGUCCAGAAGCUUACAUAUGAUCUCUGUCCAAGCCCAGCGCCGAAGCCGGGAGCACUCCCGCUCUGCCAGUGCCUUGAGCCUCAGUGGUGGCGAUGAGAAGUCUGAACCCUCAGAUGGUGUGGAUCAACAUUUAUCCUACUACAGCAGUGGGGGCCUCUUUGCCACUACAACAGUGGGCUACAAGCACACUAAAACCAUAGAGUUGCCGCAACAACGGUCAUCGUCAGUUGCUACCCAGCAAACGACAGUAUCAUCCGUUCCCUCUCACCCAUCUACUGCUGGGAAGACCUACCGGGCCAUGUAUGACUAUAUGGCAGCUGAUUCUGAUGAAGUUUCCUUCAAAGAUGGUGACACAAUUGUAAAUGUACAAUCCAUUGAUGAAGGCUGGAUGUAUGGCACCGUCCAGAGAACAGGCAAGACUGGCAUGCUGCCAGCCAACUACGUAGAAGCUGUCUAAACCCAACCGUAUCUUCCCAUAAAGCGCAUCAGCAUGGUAUGGACUCACCGGCUCUGCUCAAGUCAAGAGCCUUAGGAAAGGGUUUGUAAAGCUUUCUCCAAAGUGCCUUAAUGUCUUCCAUGUUGAUAGCGCCUUAUGAACUGUGGGGGGGGAAAAAGUAACUGCAGCGCAAAAUACUCUUGAAACAUCCUUCCAAAACGUAUUUGAAAAUUACCUGUAAGCACACUACCAGGCACUGCUCAGAACAGUAUUUCUUCCAAUGCCAAAAAACCCCACAACUACAUUUCUAAAAUAUUGCCUGGAUCUUUCAAGCACCACACACCAUCAUGCAUUUAACUAUGCCAGAACACAAUCCAGCUCAGUGUCUCCAAAUUUUUCCACACGUACUUAUGACUAAGAUUACCAAAUAUUACUUUAUUCAUUCUCUAUAGAGAGAGUAUUUUCUUGAGCUAGUCUAAAAUGUUUGAAUUUGUUCACUUCUUUUCCAUAUAAGCAAUAUUUAAGCUUAGUAUCUCAAACCAACAUUUAUCUGGGGUUUGGGGGAUAACCAAACCCCAACCUGAAAGCCUCUCCUUCUGCUUGCUGAGCUCUUGUGCAUGUGAUUUUCAUGCAACUGUUCUGGGGUCAAAAGCUGUUAUUACCUGUAAAUUAGUGCCUAAAUAAAGCUAACAUUUCUGCA